AGAUUUUUUACUUUAUUUUUAGUUCCCAGAGAAGUACUGUAAUACUGUUUGCGACAACACUGAUCAUUAACUUAUUUCUUUUUGAUUAAAAGAAUUUAAAAUAACAGCUAAUGUCAAAAACUCAAAAGACUCAAAACCGUCCUUCCUUAUUCUCCUCGUCUCUGUGUGGUCUCCUUCUUCUCUUACCUUCCUUCACGAUCUUGUAAACCCAAAAAAAAAACACUCAAAACGAUCUCUGUCAUGGAGCUUGCCGAAACCUAUGCCUGCGUUCCAUCGACGGAGAGAGGUCGGGGAAUCCUGAUCUCCGGUGACCCCAAGUCUGACACCAUCCUCUACACUAAUGGUCGAUCCGUCGUGAUUCUCGACCUCAACAAUCCCUUAAAGGUCUCUAUCUAUGGCGAGCAUGCUUACCCAGCUACGGUGGCGCGAUACUCCCCGAACGGAGAGUGGAUCGCGUCGGGUGAUGUAUCGGGGACUGUUAGAAUCUGGGGGGCUCACAACGAUCAUGUGCUUAAGAAGGAGUUUAAGGUUUUGGCUGGUCGGAUCGAUGAUCUCCAGUGGUCAGCUGAUGGGAUGAGGAUCGUAGCCUCCGGUGAUGGGAAAGGAAAAUCUCUCGUUCGUGCUUUCAUGUGGGAUUCAGGAUCAAACGUGGGAGAGUUUGAUGGGCAUUCUAGGCGUGUUCUUAGCUGCGCUAUCAAGCCAACGAGACCCUUCCGCAUCGUAACUUGUGGGGAGGAUUUUCUGGUGAAUUUCUACGAAGGUCCUCCUUUCAAGUUCAAGCUCUCAAGCAGAGAGCAUUCCAACUUUGUCAACUGUGUGAGGUACGCACCAGAUGGAAGUAAGUUCAUCACUGUAAGCUCAGAUAAAAAGGGAAUCAUAUAUGAUGGAAAGACUUGUGAGAAGCUCGGAGAACUCUCAUCUGACGAUGGACAUAAAGGUAGCAUCUACGCUGUUAGCUGGAGUCCUGAUGGUAGUCAGGUCCUCACUGUAUCUGCUGAUAAGUCAGCUAAAGUAUGGGAAAUCUCGGAUAAUGGUAACGGAACAUUGAAGACCACAUUGAAUUGUCCUGGAUCAUCAGGUGGAGUGGACGAUAUGCUUGUCGGUUGUCUGUGGCAGAACGAUCAUAUUGUCACUGUUUCUCUAGGUGGUACGAUCAGCAUAUUCUCAGCAAGCGAUCUUGAUAAGUCCCCCUUUCAGUUUUCUGGACAUAUGAAGAACAUCUCCUCCUUGUCCGUGCUCAAAGGAAACGCUGACUACAUACUAUCCGGUAGCUAUGAUGGUCUGAUAUGUAAAUGGAUGCUAGGCCGUGGUUUUUGCGGUAAAUUGCAGCGGACACAAAACUCUCAAAUCAAGUACUUUGCUGCUCAUGAAGAAGAGAUCGUGACCUCUGGAUUUGACAAUAAGAUAUCAAGGAUUUCUUAUAACGACGAUCAAUGCACAAACGAAGAGUCUAUUGACAUUGGAAACCAGCCAAAAGAUCUAAGCCUUGCACCACUCUCACCGGAUCUACUUCUGGUGACCUUUGAAUCAGGAGUUGUGUUUCUCCGUGGUGAGAAAGUAGUGUCAACCAUCAGCCUUGGGUUCACUGUCACUGCUUUGGCCGUAACACCCGAUGGAACCGAAGCCAUCAUCGGUGGUCAAGACGGUAAACUCCAUCUGUAUUCUAUCAACGGCGACUCCCUCACUGAGGAAGCAGUCCUUGAGAAACACAGAGGCGCCAUCAGCGUCAUACGUUACUCCCCAGAUUUGUCUAUGUUUGCGUCAGCUGAUUUGAACAGAGAAGCGGUUGUAUGGGACAGAGCCUCCAGAGAGGUGAAACUCAAGAACAUGUUGUACCAUAGCGCCCGCGUAAACUGCUUAGCCUGGUCUCCAAACAGCACUAUGGUUGCUACAGGAUCCUUAGACACAUGUGUGAUUGUGUAUGACGUGGACAAGCCUGCAUCCACACGCAUGACCAUAAAAGGAGCUCACUUAGGUGGAGUUUAUGGUCUUGGUUUUGCUGAUGAUUCCCAUGUUGUGAGUUCUGGUGAAGAUGCUUGUAUCCGGGUUUGGAGCUUGACUCCUCAAUAAGGCUGAGGUGUAUAUGAUAAAGAUCUCUCCUCUUGUCUCUCUUUGCAAAGCUUCUACUACUUUUGAAGGCUUUUUUUUGGAUAUCCGUUGGGCCGUGGCUGUGUUGUUGUGUGCGAAUCUUUUUGUCUGCAUAUCUUUUGUCAAAAAUAUUACUUUUUUUUUAUUUUUUGUCUGUCAAUUUUUGUGAAAAUGAGAUCUUGAGUCGGAUUUAUGAAUGAUUUUGAUAUUUGAUCUAAUCAGUUCCGUUUCAGCGUUUCUCUUUAGUAAAAUUGGUAUUCUAUUUCUCAAAUGUCACGUAACGUAUUUAUUGAUGCUGUGACCAUCUCGCUGCAUCAUUAUUACCAAGUUGAGAUAAAAUGUUUAGCAUAAUUUUCAGAUUAGAGUAUAUUUUUUAAUUAAUUGUCUGAUCAAUCUCCACUACACUAUUCUAAGCCUGAAGAGUGUGAAGACCGACAUUGAUACUCUCUAAAUCUCGGUCACAUCUUGAUCUUGUCCCUUAGUGGCCCUCUCAAUGUUUCUUUUUCUCCUCCUCCUCUCUGCUUCCGGCUCCGGCGAUUCUUCACCGUCCGGAGACGGCCUCCCAUUGGACACCGGCGGUGAUCUUAGCAGAAAAAGUUUUCCGGAAGGAUUCUUGUUUGGAACCGCCACGUCAGCAUACCAGGUCGAAGGCGAGACUCAUCAAGACGGUCGUGGCUCAAGCAUCUGGGAUGCCUUCGUCAAGAUUCCUGGCAAGAUUGCCAACAAUGCCACGGCUGAGUUAACAGUGGACCAGUAUCACCGUUACAAGGAAGAUGUAGAUUUGAUGCAGACACUGAACUUCGAUGCCUACAGAUUUUCCAUUUCGUGGUCCAGAAUAUUCCCUGAGGGAACCGGUGAAAUCAACUGGAAAGGAGUUGCUUAUUACAACAGAUUGAUCGAUUACUUGAUCCAAAAAGGGAUUACACCGUAUGCGAAUCUCUACCACUACGAUCUUCCUCUGGUCUUGGAACAAAAGUAUCAAGGCUUGCUUAGUAGACAAGUAGUGGAAGAUUUUGCGGAUUACGCAGAGUUUUGUUUCAAGACAUUUGGAGAUAGAGUGAAGAACUGGAUGACAUUCAACGAGCCACGUGUGGUAGCUGCUCUAGGUUAUGAUAACGGUAUUUUCGCGCCGGCUAGAUGCUCCAAAGCCUUUGGGAACUGCUCUGAAGGAAACUCUGCGACCGAACCUUACGUUGUUGCCCAUCACCUUAUCUUGGCACAUGCAUCAGCUGUCCAAAGAUAUCGCCAAAAUUAUCAGGAGAAACAAAAGGGAAGGAUUGGGAUUCUUCUUGAUUUCGUUUGGUUCGAGCCUCUUACAAAUGCUGAAGCAGACAGUGACGCUGCUCAGAGAGCAAGAGACUUCCAUGUCGGAUGGUUCAUUCACCCAAUAGUGUAUGGAGAGUAUCCGAAGACGAUGCAGAACAUUGUGAAGGAGAGGCUUCCAAGAUUCACGGAAGAAGAAGUGAAGAUGGUGAAAGGUUCCAUGGAUUUUGUGGGAAUUAACCAAUACACGACUUAUUUCAUGUCCGAUCCACACCUCACCACCAAACCUAAGGAUUUGGGUUAUCAACAAGAUUGGAACGUCGCUUUCAACUUUGCAAAGGAUGGGAAACCAAUAGGUCCAAGGGCACAUUCAGAAUGGUUAUACAAUGUACCAUGGGGAAUGUACAAGGCCUUGAUGUAUAUAAAGGAACGUUAUGGCAACCCAACUAUGAUUCUCUCUGAAAAUGGUAUGGAUGAUCCAGGCAGCAUUACUAUAGCUCAAGGACUAAAUGAUACAACAAGAAUCACAUAUUACAGAGACUACUUAACGCAGCUUAAAAAUGCCGUAAAUGAUGGAGCCAAUGUAACUGGAUAUUUCGCAUGGUCAUUGCUUGAUAAUUUUGAAUGGUUAUCUGGAUAUACUUCAAGGUUUGGAAUUGUGUACGUUGACUAUAACGACUUGAAAAGAUAUCCCAAGAUGUCUGCUUUAUGGUUUAGACAACUUUUAAAACGGGACCAAGAGUGAGCUCAAUGUGUGUCCAUGAUGAGAUUUUGAUUUGAAGGAUUGGAAUUGAUUGCUAAAGAAGGAAACUAUGGGGUCUUUUUUAAUCACUUUUCUCUAUUGUGUAACUUGAGUUUUCCAUUUGAUUUUCCAGCACUAAUUAAAAAAAUUCAGCUAAAAAAUUUCUACUUGUGUAUACUUUGUAACUUUCAAUAAUGUGUACGACGUUUUACACUGCAUUUUCCAUCCUCAAUAUUGCAUGCAAAAAAAAAAAAAGAUGCUACAUUGCCUU